CAAGUAAGCCGAAGCUGAACUCGCAUUAUGCGAAUGGACGUGAACGAGUACACAAGGGGGGCUCCAGACUGAUUUCGCUCAUUUUUUUGCCCCGUCGACGGGUACCCCAUAGUGAUGGACCAGGUCAGGUCCAGUGCAUCGAGAAUCUUCAACAUAACUUCUGUCGAAGGCCGGGAUGAUUGGGAUGAGAAAUGCGAUCGUACAUUUGGAGUCGUGCAGAAUCUGAUAAACGAUUUAUCAGAAAAAGAGGCUCAUGAUGCUCUUACAAGUGCUGUGUGUAAGGAUGCAAAAACUCAUGAAGAUGUGUGUGUUGGUCUUGUCUACAUGAUCCUCACAGAUCAGCAAAAUGCUGCAAGGAGCUAUCGUGACCUAUCAUUUGUCUCAAGGGAUGGCCUAGCCCUUGUUCUGAGUCAUUUGACCCAACUUGUGGUUGAAAGGUUUCCUAGGCUACUGGAUUCAGUCCGCAGCCAACUGAUGUGGCUCAUCAAAGAGCUGGUGAGGGCUAAUGUCACUGGGACAGACAUGGUGAUCUGGAAUCUAAUGAGACAGAUUGCAGGUGGGGAUGUUGCUGCAAGAAACAUUUGGUUAGCUGACACUUUGAUGGAUUUGUUGAUUGAUCAAAGAGCAUGGCUUGACAAGUUUCCAUUCCUCAUUGCAUCUGUUGUCUACACAUACCUCAGAUUAAUCGAAGACCACAUCAGUCCAACCCAUGCGUUCAUUCGGCAAAAGGAAAUCAAUUUUUGCGUCUCAUUGUUGCGCGAAAAAUUCAGUGAUUGUAUGGCUAUUGGAAGAGAUUUGGUUCGACUCCUGCAACAUGUUGCUCGAGUUCCUGAGUUUGAGCUUCUUUGGAGGGACAUUCUGCACAAUCCCAAAGCCCUAUUGCCAACCUUUACGGGCCUGUCUCAGCUUAUGCAGAUUCGGACGUCGCGUCGGUUUUUGUUCCUCCGCCUAACUCCCGACAUGGAAAAGAAAAUGGUCUUUUUGACAACAUCUGUUCGAUUUGGUAAUCAGAAACGAUACCAGGAUUGGUUUCAGCGCCAGUACCUUUCAACACCCGAGUCGCAAUCACUACGGUGCGAUCUGAUUCGCUUCAUCGUGGGAGUGAUUCACCCGUCCAACGAAGUCCUCUGUUCGGAUAUAAUACCCCGCUGGGCCAUCCUCGGUUGGCUCCUUACAACUUGCACUCACCCGGUGGCAGCCUCCAACGCCAAAAUGGCUUUGUUUUACGACUGGCUGUUUUAUGAUGCUGAACGUGAUAACAUUAUGAAUAUAGAACCCGCCAUAUUAGUCAUGUACCAUUCGAUGAGACCUCAUCCAGCCAUAACGGCUACAUUGUUGGAUUUUCUGUGUAGAAUAAUUCCAAAUUUCUAUCCACCGAUGGCGAACCAAGUCCGGCUGGGUAUUUUGACAUCGUUGCGCCAGAUAUUGGAAAAACGUGUGCUACCCUCGCUCUCGCCAUUGAUGACCAACCCAAAGCUGGACAAGGAGCUGCAACUUCUCAUUCAAGAAUCAUUUCCCGAGUUCUGCCGAGCAACACAGAACAGCAGUCCGCCAACAAUAGACGGAGUGAAAUCCGAGGAUUUUAAAGAGAUUGACGGUGAAAGCAUUAUCAUCAGUAGUAGUAGUGAAUCUGUUCUGGCACCUCCCUCCCUCAUUCCGGCUUCCGAAACUACCCACGAACCAGUCUUCAGCGAUGACGAGGACCAGGAUGACAUUCCGAUCGCCACCAAAAUAAAGAUGAGAGGCAAGAUGACCGCAAACUCCGUGCGAACAAUUCCUCCUCAACUACUGGAAAUUUCCAACACUGUGGCUCAACUCGACGGAGACGUGCGUGUCUACGUCGAAAUGCUUAUCUCUGAAUCGGAUAUCGAAGCACGAUGUUCUGCUGUGGAGAAUCUGGUCCAGUCUAUUUCUCAAGAUCCCCUUGAAAGCGAGCAAGCUCAAAUGUUGGUCCAGUGUCUGCAUGCCAUAUUCUUGCACGACCUGAGUACAACGCCCUUACUCACAGGGCAUCAGAUAAACCCAGAAGCCAUGGAAGAAAGCAUAUCACGUCCCCUUUUCGUCCUACUCCGUUCGUUUGCUGAAAUGGUUGAUGAUGAUUCUAAGAGUCGGUCUCCUAUAGCAGAACUGCUGGUCGAGCUUUACAAGCUCCAGCCGAAGAUGGGUUACUUUCUUCUAUAUUUUUUAAGAGCAAGCAAAGCCAGUGAAUCCAAGUUUGCUUCCUACCGAGAAGUCUGCCAGGCUCGUGAUAUGGAAGUGGCUCACUGCUUACUGGAGGAUUUAAAGAUCUGUGCUGAUGAUGACGUCAACCUACUCUGCUACAUGGCAGUUGACGUGUUUCAAAAGUUUCCCGAUGAGAGUCGCAACAACAGUGAACUUCUUCAUCUAUACGUAUCGAAUAUUGACGGUACGCAGCUCUACCAACUUGUGGUGCAGUGCUUACAUGGAGCCCUGGUCCUUUUCGACAGAGACCCAUCCGUCAUCGAACUUCUGGCAUCUAGCCUCGAGUGGGAAACAUUCGAACAGAUGGCCUUGUGGCAGCUGGUGGCGGCCCACAGCAUACCUCUAUCACUACUGCUUUCACUGCUACCCAAGCUUAAGGAAGGCCAGCAUUGCGAAGCGCUCACAGCGCUUCUGGCAAUGAUCAAACACGAACGGCCCAAUAAUGACCUUAUGAAGGCAUUGCUGAAUUGCCCAAUCGAGAGCUUUGUCUCUGCUUUGCUUUCUCACUGGUCUAUGGAAUCAUCAACAAAUCUGGCACCGAUAUUAGCUAACCAGUUCAACUCGGCGCUCAACAUGAAUUCGUUACCUGGGGGUCUUUCGACAAGCAGUUCGCCGGGAAAGCGGAAAAGGACAACUAUGAACUCGCUUUCGGCUGCAACGGGUUUCAAAGUUACACCCACCCCUGGUUCUGGCAUCGAUUCGUCUAUUGAGUUGAUAAUGACGCACAUGGAAAUACUGAGAACAUGCUUGACGGCCAAUUUGCAAACAAAAAAUGGCAAGCAACAGCCGGCCGAGAUCAAAGUCUUUGCCCACGAGAGCAUGCAACAGGCGUUACAACAGGUGCAGCAAGUCUGUAAUGACUCGCAAAAGAAGAAGUUCAGUGACCUGUUCUCUCUGCUGGACACGAAUGACGAGCCGGAAGUGAGUAGUGGUAGUCGGCGACCCGCCGGACGGGGAAGCAAACGAACCGGCAAUCGAUUGACGACCAAUAAUUCGAACCGCAACAGCAAGCAAUCGAACAAGGAAGAGAGCGAAGAAGAGAGCAGUGAAGAAGAGGUCAUCAUUAAGCAGCGGACGGCCAAGAAGAGAAGGAAAGCCACAGUCGGCUCGGAUUCCGAUUAGCGACGUAAGCAAAAACAUUACAAACAAUAACAGUGGCACAAAAACAGUGUGAUCGACUGGCCUGUGACCGAGUCUGUGAAUGAAGUUCGAACCAUUUUUCGGCUUUUAUUGAAAA